CGAGUGAUGUCAGAGCAGUCAUCACCAUUUCAUCUAAUUCAUGUCGGGGGCUCAAAUGGUAAAAGGUGAGACGGCGGGGAAAAGAAGGAAAACUACUAUGAAGUAGACGAAGACUGACCCGGUUCUCCGUUGAUCUCCGCCUCACAAUUCAAACAAGACUGGCCUUUAACACCUCAAUUUGGUGGUCUGCAUCAGACACAGCACAGCCAAGUGGCAUCUCAGGCUGCAGAAGCACGGCGAAGGGGAGGCUCUGAGGCUGAAUACUCCCCCCAUUGGUCUUCGAGGCGGGGGGAGGAGGAAGAGGUGGUCAACGAAGAGCUGCUAUACCCACCUGGAGCAUGGGGCAGAAAGUCCCAGGUGGCAUUAAAACUAUUGACAUGCGGGAUCCGGCGUUCAGUCCCCUAACAUUGGAGCUACAGGCCCUGAGUCACACAAAGCCAUCUAGACUAGACCUUCUGUUGGACAUGCCUCCCGCCAGCCUGGACACCCAGAUCCAGCAUUCGUGGCACAACGAUGACCGCUCACUCAAUGUGUUUGUGAAGGACGACAACAAUUUGGUGUUCCAUAGGCACCCUGUGGCGCAGAGCACAGACGCCAUCAGGGGACGUGUUGGCUACACCAGGGGACUGCAUGUAUGGGAGAUCAACUGGGCGAUGCGGCAGAGGGGCACGCACGCAGUGGUUGGUGUUGCAACGAGCGACGCACCGCUGCAUUCUGUGGGCUACACGGCUUUGGUGGGAAGCAACUCUGAAUCCUGGGGUUGGGACCUGUGCAGAAGUAAACUCUACCACGAUGGCAAGAAUUUCCCUGGAAAAACCUACCCAGCCUUCCUUGAGCCAGACGACAGCUUCAUAAUACCAGACUCCCUCUUGGUAGUCCUGGACAUGGAUGAGGGCACUCUGGGUUACAUAGUGGAUGGACAUUACCUUGGUGUGGCCUUUAGAGGACUCAAAGGCAAGAAGCUGCACCCGAUAGUGAGUGCUGUGUGGGGACACUGUGAAAUACGAAUGCGGUACAUAAAUGGGCUUGAUCCUGAGCCUCUUUCGCUGAUGGACCUAUGUAGGCGUUCGGUGAGGGUGGCGUUGGGAAGAGACCGGCUGAAUGAAAUCCACAGACUUCCCCUGCCAGCCUCUCUCAAGAACUACCUGCUCUACCAAUGACGAAGCUGACUGACAACACACUCGGCACUCCCUUGUUUCUUUCUCUGGGAUCGUCCUUGGGUUUAACUCGUUUGGCAGCAUUACUGAAGCCUCCAGGACCGAUUCAGCCACCUGUGUGAAUCAGAAAGUAUGCUUCUGUCAGUGGCAGAACUCCUCUUUAGUUUCUUAUCCUGUUUUUAUGACUCUUUUCAAUUGUAAUCUUUAACUUUAUAAAAUCAGGAAUCACUGAGUACUAUGCACACACUGAUCCAAUUGAUGCCCUGACAGUCACCAUGUUGGUGAACCCCUUCAAGCUAAGUUUUCUUCAGUUAUGCAUUCUUGUCUUGUAGCGUUGGAAAUCUGAAUGAAAUUGUGCUAUGAUGUCACUGAGAUGAACACACUGAGCUGAAAAUGUUAACACAGUGGUGCACUGCUGUUAUCUGGCCACAAGAUGGCAGUACACUUGCAUCAGUCACAAAUUGAGCAUUAUAAGAUUCUGGGUUUUAGAAAUAGUUUUUAAAUAUAUAUUUGCUGUUCCCAUGACACAGGAAAGAGAUGGCCAUUUUAUAGAGAGCUCCUGGCGUACUGAAUCCGUUUAAAAGCAGCACAGACCUCACUGCGCUCAGGUUUUCCCUGUAACAUGGACGUUUCUGCUCAGCUGCAGCAGUGCGGGAAUAUCAUCAGCAUUCCUAAACAGAAAGAUAAUGUCACUGUGAUUAUUUGUAGCAUGCACCGGCAGGAAACUCUUCUCAACAAACUCUUUUUACCUUUUUUGUCGUUUUAUUAGUGCAGUAGUUUUCAAUCUUGUGCGGUUGAGGCCCAAGAGCAUUUUUAAACUCCCAUAAUCUCCAUGUUUGAGCACUGGUUUGCACAAAUUAAAACAAAGAAUGGAGGAAAAACAUGUAAAUAUUGGCUGACUUUUGGGCCUCACUGGCAGAUAACUGAGAACCAUUAUGUCUUGUUUGUGUUUAUUAAAUGUAUAGCUGGGGGUCAGGGGUCUUUGGAAGCUGGCUUUGUAGGUGCCUGACAUGAUAAACUUUAGUUUUAAAGCACCAUAUUGACAGAAAGCGACAAUCUACAGCUGCACAAAUGUAAUAAAAGUAGGUUAGAUUGCCAACAGUUUUUCAAAUGCCAUAUCAUAAACUUGUCUGUUUUUAAAUGUGUAAGAGUGGUACACCUUACUUUUCCUUGCUUGCUUCCACUUGGUUUGUAUUACUUGGUGUAAAUGUGUUUGUAAGUAUCUAUUAAAGAUUAUUUCACAUUA